GUUACUGUACUUUGGACAAUAAGAUCACAAAACAAGGGCUGAAGUAAAGCCCCUGUUAAGUGCAUCUUCCCCACUCUUCCGAGAGUUUACGAGAAAGGGUUAGAGAUGCCACCGGGGGUGGAUCAUUGAAGAGGGGCUUUGACCUGUUCAUUUUGUGCAGGACAUUGUUAACGCGGCUUAAACCAAGCUGCUUGUUUUGCGGUUGAUUUUGUUUCAGGUACUCGGCCGUAAGCGGAUUGUCGGUCGACUUGUGGUUUCAGCCUGACUCCCGUGAUAUUCACCUUGUGUGCUUUUGUCUUGGAUCGGGAUACCCUGGAUGUUGUUACCAUGUUUGUUCUAACUAGGGCAAUCGUCUUUUUCGGAACGUUAACAUUUACCUCAGCAGCACCAGAUCAAGGGUCAGUGCCGGUUUCCGUUGAGUGUUCCAGUAGAGGUAGUUCCUUCAAGGACAGCCAGGUGGAUGUGCUGUGCCCACCAAAUUGUGACUUUUCCCAGAAUGAAAUCUGGGGAACUGGUGUGUAUGCCUCUGUCUCCAGUAUCUGCUCAGCUGCUGCUCACAGCGGUGUGAUUGACAGCAGGGGAGGACUGGUUCAUCUCCAGUUUCUACCAGGACAGAUUGACUAUCAGUCUUCCUUUGCAAAUGGGAUAUCUUCUUUAUCACUUCAUCAAUGGAGGGGCUCUUUUACAGUUUCCAGGAAGACGAAAAGUCUAGAAGUAUCUGGACAGCCAAAGGCAACAGUAGUUCCAAAUGCACGAACUAUAAAGAAGAAAGCUGCAAAAAAUGGGAAAAGGAAUUCAAAACCAGUAAUCAAAGAUUGCAAAGCUGAUAUCGCCUUUUUAAUUGAUGGGAGCUCGAACCUUGGUAAACGUAGAUUUAACCUACAGAAGAAUUUUGUUGUUAGAAUUACCAAUUUGCUUGGUAUUGGGCCAGAAGGGGCACUUGUUGGCAUUGUACAAGUCAGUGACAAUCCUAAAAUUGAGUUCACGUUGAAGGAUAACACUAAUUCAAGAGAUCUCAUUUCUGCCAUCAAAAAUGUGACAUAUAAGGGAGGCGACACCAAUGUUGGUAAAGCACUGAUGCACACAACAGAGGGCUUUUUCACUCCUAACAAGGGUGCACGGACUGGAUAUCCAAAAGUUGUAGUUGUCAUUGUGGAUGGAUGGCCUUCAGAUGAAAUUGAAAAUGCUGCACAUCAGGCCAGAGAAUCAGGCAUUAAUGUUUUUAUUGUCUCUGUUGCAAAAGCCCUUCCCGAAGAGAGAAAAAUGGUGCUAGACCAGAAUUAUGCAGAAAAGAUUGUUUGCAAAAACAAUGGAUUAUUUUCUUAUGCUAUCCAAAACUGGUUUGGUAUGUACAAGUUUAUAAAACCUAUAGCACAAAGGUUGUGCUCUCACAACCAGAUGACAUGCAGUAGAACAUGUCACAAUUCAGUCAACCUUGGCUUCUUAAUUGAUGGAUCAAGCAGUGUUGGUGAUGGCAACUUCCGCACCGUUUUGAAUUUCAUCACUGAAAUUGUGAAAUCCUUUGACAUUCAUCAGAUCGGUGCAAGAGUUGGUGCUGUACAGUUCACAUAUGAUCAAAGAACUGAAUUUGGUUUUGAUGACUAUUUAGCAAAGGAUGAUGUGCUAAAUGCCAUCAGUAGCAUCCGUUACUGGAGUGGUGGCACAGCUACAGGAGAAGCACUUACUUACACCUUACGGAACCUCUUUGGAAAAAUCAAGAACAACAACAUUAAUGUGCUGAUUGUCAUCACUGAUGGUCAAUCUUAUGAUGAUGUUAAGUAUCCAGCAACUGUGGUGCAUCAAGCAGAUAUCGUAGUUUAUUCAGUUGGAAUUUCAUGGGCAAUGUCAAAUGAACUGAGAGCGAUGGCUUCAGAACCUAAAGAUUCACAUUAUUUCUUCGUGAAAGAUUUCCCAAUGGUGAACAAGUUGGUGCCUGAUAUUCUUAAAGGAAUUUGCAAUGAUUAUUCAGCAAGAGCUAUGUGAUCCAGCACCUUCUUUGAUAUUCAAAGGGAAUAUUUACCAACAACAUAUUAGAUCUCUUAUGACAAUACUAACAAAUGUGAUAGUGCAAUAUUUUGUAGAAAUCUAGGCCUGAUUAUUAACAAACAGUCCUGCAUGUGCCAUUACUCCUACAAACUAUCCAAACUGACAGCAGCAUUGGAAAAGCUUAAAUCCAAGUAUGUACAAAGAUGCAUUUAUAAACCGCUUGUAUUGUGCAAGAGACAAUUGCAUGUUUGAGGAAAAUGUUGUUGUAGGUUCAGUGAGAGUGUUGGAAAAACAUUGAUGGCCAUUUGAUUUCAGUGACAAGUAACCUCAGUUAAAUAUUUAAAUGCAAAUUACAUUUAAUGUGUCUUCUAUGUGCCUGAAUGUUAUGUAAGCCACUCGCAAUAAAUCCCACAAUCUGUUAUUACAUUUGAGUCGGGAAGUUGGUAUCAUAUGACAUAAUUAUA